UUACUCACCCUUUGCCUAUAAAAGGCUUCUGUCUUAUGCAAAGAAUGAUACGAAUAAAAUUGCAGAGGUUUUUCCUCUGUUUCCUCCAUCUCUUUUCUCUCAUCAAUUUCUCUCCAAUUUAUAACACGUUAUCAGCACGACUCUAACCAACUGAGUUGAAGUUCUCUCAACAGCAAUUUAAUUUCAAUUCCUCUUUCAAAUGCAUAUUGCUCUCUGCUGGACUCUGAUUCUCCACUCUCUUUUUCUCGUUCUGGAGCUUCUCCACAACUUCACUUACCGCCGUUUCAAUUACCACCCACUCAGAGAAAUAGACAACACAUUCAGCAGCAGUCUUAGUCCCAGGCUCAGGCUCAGUCUAACCCAAUGGUCCAGAACAGAGUGAGAAGCAACGCUCUCACCACUCGGCCUCUGGGUUUGUCGCCAUCUGCAUGGCCUCCUCUGCAACAACAGUACCAGAAAAAUGGGUCUGGCAUAAGAACUGUUUUCCUUGGAACCCAAAAUGCUGGUGCCAAAAGGGAGUGCGCUGGAACUGGCGUCUUCUUACCUCGCCAAAUCGGCACCCAAUCUGAAACGAGCAAGAAGACCGGUUGCUCGAUAGUUCUCGUUCCAGCUAGAGUUGUGCAGGCACUGAAGCUGCUGGGAGAGUCGAAGUCGAGCUGGAGGACUGACGAGGAGGUAAUGUCAAUAUACGAAGGGUGGCUGGCCAAGCACGGCAAAGCCUACAACGGAUUGGGGGAGAAGGAGAGACGGUUCCAGAUCUUCAAGGACAACCUCAGCUACAAGCUCGGUCUGAACUCUCUGCUUCAUCGGCGAACCGGUCCAAUUUCCUGGGCACCAAGACCCGUGCUCAGAAGAGGAGGCUCUCCAAACUAGUCAUGCUGCACCAGAAUUUAGCCGAAGAAUUGCAUCUUUAGCAGGGAAUUCUGAAGCAAAUGCAGGUGGAGAGGGCAUGUUGCCCAACAUCACGUGACUGGCCUUUGCAGGUUCAACCGGACCAAGUUCUACCUCACUGUUAACAAAAUCUUAAGUCUGCCUUUGCAAUCCCUCGUCGUCGGAGCGACCUCUCUUCAAGACCUUGAGCGCGGCCUCCCUGCUCUUCUCGACCUUUCCGACCGCGAUCUCUACGCUCUCCAUGAUCUCUACGCUCUUCUGGUAAAUGGCUGACCCAUGAACUCAUAAGAUCAAGAAUCUCUGAGUUAGGCCUCAACUUUUGUCUGUAGAGAUUGGUUAAUGUGGAAAUGAAGCCAUCAUCAACAUGGGUCACAAAGCGUGGAUAAGCGUAUAAAUCUAUGUCCAGGUUUUGAAUUUUGCGCUUGAUGGCCUCAGAUUUCUUCAGUAAAUUCUAUUCAGCAGCUCGGCUGCCUCUUUGCUUGGAAGAGCUCAGCUGCUUUGGUGAGCUUGUGGUGUGGGUCAUGUGGACCUGUGUGGUUGGUUGGCAAUCAAACUAAAAAAAAAAAAAAACAAAACAAAACAAAACAAAACAAAAGAUGAAGCAGUCUGCGCUGGACAUGAGUCAGCACCAGAACACAAGCCUGUGAUUGCGGAUAGGAACAUUUCCUAUGUUAACAUGAAAGCCACAAGAAGGGCCCACACCAUAGGUUUCUCCCACUACAACAAGCUCAGCAACCGGAUCUUCAAUUUCAACCAAAGGGUCAACGCAAGACUGGUGGAGCAUGUGGUGGACAUGCGAGGUACCUAACUUUUGCCUACCUAACCAGCAUUUCACAAUACAGAUAAUUGUCUUUACUUUAUCUAUUCUGCAAUUAUUAUUUACUGUAUGGUGUAA